AAAGAGAGUCUGAAAGAGAAGAGGAGGAAGAGACAGGAGCUGUUCCAGGAACAGAAGAAACGCAGACUCUUACCGGCUGACGUGUUGGAAGAAAUCGACUCCUCUGCUUCAAAGAAUCAGAAAACCUCUGAAGACAAAGCAGGUGAAGAGGAGCAGCCGGAGGAAAAGCGAGGGAAGAAGCAAAGGAAGAGGACCAGGAAAUUAGCGAAUUCUCGAAAUCUGAAGGGAAACUACAAGGUGGUGACGGUGAAGGAGCAAGCGUCUGCGACCUUUCAGCAGCAGUCGGCCGAGGCUUUCAUCCAGUCCAGGCUGUACGGAGCAGGCAGCCGCAGGACCACAAAUAACGAGCUGCUCUCCCUCCAGAACAAGAAGGGGAGGAAUAAAAGUGCAGCUGUGCAAUUUGUCAAGAAAGACUGGGCCUCUAAAGAAAGAGCCAAAGCAGAGAAGAUGAAGAAGAGGUGGCUCCACAAGCAGCAGAUUCCCUCCUGCUGACGGCACGGCUCCAGAAACCUCAGCGCUUCUCUGCACCAGGUGGAUUUUACGUGGACACCAAACAUGGAUGUGACAGGAAACCACGAGGAAGACGUGGCGUUAAAGUCCUGCUGGGACGCAGGCUGGACUGAAUGUGGAGACGGUGGCAGGACAAUGUGCAGGCGCAGCUGAAUGAGGGGGACGAGAUUACACCAAAAGAAAAGUCCUGUGACAGACUGAGAGUAUUAGAGCCAAUUAACCCAUAAACCCUGAGGCUCUGACCUGUGUUCAUUAACUGAGGUUUCUUCAAGAGCAAAACAUGCGGAGAAACAGUUCAGAUUGUUUCAUUUGUAUUUGUGAUGAGAAAAACUUGUGUUCAGAACAUUAAUUGUUUUCUUUGCUUCCAGUUCAAUGGCUGUAUGAAGAAACAUUAGUAUCUUAUAUUUUUAUCUUAUCUUAUCAUUCACAAACACACUGAGGUCAAAUGAAUAAAACUGCAGAUGGC